UCAGCGUGGUUGGUGUAGCGAGAACCAGCGCAUACUUCGUUGGCACGUUGGAAUAUCGUUAUCGAUCUCCCUUAUCCGAUUGGUUUUUCACUUGUCCACGCUUUUUCAUUCCCCCGGCUGGUUUGAUUUUCUCUUUUCGCCGGGACACGUGCUGCUUCAGGCGAGUUCUAGUGGUCGAAUCAGGCAUGUUUCAUUGAAAAUUGGACGGUUUUUGUAUCGGACUUCAAGUAAUAUCGCUUUGAUCAAUGUUGUUACCCACGAACUCCUCACCGGUCGGUUUCCAACAAGAAUUUUAUCACACCGUGUCGGAAAAAACUAAAUUUUUUGCCUCGAAAUGUGUAAACAGGAGUUUGAGUCCUGCGAAGGACAAAUACAACAGUGACACCCUAAGAAGGGGCAGAUUCAGGUUCUGCGUAUGCACCGGCCCAAGAAAAAGCAAUAAGAAAACCACGAAGUGGUAUGUUAAGCAGCCCACAUGGCGGCUCUGGGGUGAGGAGAAGGCAGAUGGCGCCCUGUACACCGUCUACCUAAAGAAAGUACGUUACCAUCGUCCCACCAGGAGUCUAUCUUCAUCACAUUCGGAUUCUGAUGAUGAAAUAUCUCACUUAGAAUGGGAAACGGUCCGAGUCAGAUUCGUCAAAGCGGGUACGUUGAAGAAACUAGUCGAAGCUCUCUCCACAGAUGACGGUGAACUUGAAACCACAUACAUCAAUGUCUUCUUAGCCACAUAUAGAAGCUUUUCUACUCCCAAAGAGGUUCUGAAGCUGCUGUUGCAAAGAUAUGAGGAAUUAUUAGAUGCGCCACAAAAUGGGAGACCCGAUCAACAUGAACAACACAGAAAGACCCUUAUAUCUGCACUCCAUGUGUGGUUGGACAGCUACCCAGAAGACUUCAGGGAUCCACCCAACCAUUCAGCUCUCCGCCAGCUUCUCCAUUUCUGUGAAGAGUACCUCCCUUCCACAGAACUUGACGCCAAAGUUCGGCACAGGAUAGAGAGGUAUAGCAGAGAAGCACAUAUUGAUCCUUUGUUGGCACCACCUCCUGCAUUUGCAUUGAGAUCCGUGGCUGCCGGUUGGAGGGUUUAUAAACUACCAGAUGUACCUGUUAGACAUUUUGCCGAGCAACUUACUCGAAUGGAUGUGGAUCUGUUCAAGAAACUUGUUCCUCAUCAAUGCCUAGGUGCUGUGUGGUCAAGAAGGGACAAAAGCAGGUCACACGAAGCUGCUACCGUUCUGGCCACUGUGAAUCAAUUUAACGCGGUGUCUUUCCGAGUUAUAUCUUCCAUUCUAGUCGAACACAGUCUUAAGCCAAGCGAACGGGCUGCCAUCAUCUGCACCUGGAUUGACAUUGCACAAGAACUAAGGCUGAUAAAAAACUUUUCCAGCCUGAAAGCCAUCAUCAGUGGUCUUCAGAGCAACCCAAUAUAUAGGCUGCAGAAGACGUGGCAGGUUAUUCCUAAAGAAAAAAUAGAACUGUUUGAAGAAUUAGCCAGGAUAUUCAGCGAAGAUAACAAUCAAAUGACUCAAAGAGAACUUUUGAUGAGAGAGGGCACGGCUAAGUUUGCUGACACUUUUGGAGAGAACGACAAACAAUUACAGAAGGUAUUUCAGAAACAGAACCAUCACAUAGCAAAUAUUUCGUUUGGAACCAUUCCAUACUUGGGAACUUUUUUGACGGACCUCACCAUGAUAGACACAGCAAUUCCCGACACUAUCGGAGACGGUUUGAUAAAUUUCGAUAAGAGAAGAAAGGAGUUUGAAGUACUGGCUCAGAUUAAACUCCUUCAAGGUGCCGCCAAUGCUUACCAUUUCACUGAAGAUCCGGCGUUCGAUCGCUGGUUCGAUACGAUUCUCGUAUUGGACGAUAGGGAAGCUUACCAGCUUAGCUGUCAGAUCGAGUCUUCCGCCACUGGUAACAACACAAAAAUGAAGAAACGGAGCACCGGGCAUCAGAAGAACGACUCCAUCGCUAGCACCUCCAGCAGCAACAGUUCCCAGUUUUAUUGCGACAUCGAUAGUACCCCCAGUUCGCCGCACAAUAGUAUCGACAGAAAGUUGAGUCCGUCUCAGAUGUCUAAUUCUAGCAGCAACUCUUCCUUACCGUCGCUCGACAUCUCGCUAAAUAGUUCCCAUUCGGGCAGUGCAAACAAUAAACUCCAAGUACCUUUCAAUAACUCUGGGACUUUGAGUAACCAAUCGCAGAAAAGCAGUCCGGAAUUCUAUAUAAUUAAAGUGACAUAUGAAACGGACAAUGCCGAGACCGACGGUAUAGUGUUGUACAAAAGUAUUAUGUUGAGUAACAACGAAAGGACUCCCCAGGUUAUUAGAAACGCCAUGUAUAAGUUGGGACUUGAAGGCAAUCCUGAUCAAUAUACUCUUGCUCAAGUGUUACCUGAAAAAGAAAUGCUGCUGCCACCCAAUGCAAACGUGUAUUAUGCAGUAAACACCCAGUACAACCUUAACUUUAUUUUACGCCCUAAGAAGUCUGAGGAGGGCGAUACCCCAGGAAAGAAUUCCAAAGGAAAAUAUAAAUUAUAAUGGAUGGCUUUGACCUAUUCCCCGAAUAUAUUCACUUGUUUUGCUGCAAUAGUAUGUUUCGAGCUGUGCGUGAUGCAGGUUUUUAUAAUUUUUGUACUUAUAAUAAUUUUUUUUGAGCUGUUUAUGACAAUUAAUUUAUGAAACAAAUAACAUCUGUGAUAAUAAGCACAAAAUACUCCCACCAUCACAUUUUUUUUGUGUUUAUAUUUUUAUUUAUUUAUAUAUUUUGAAACUUGUUUUUAAACAAACUAGGAUGUAGUUUGUCCCAUAAAAUUCCUUCAUCGUAUGCUUAUUUUAAAGCAAUAUUAUUGGUUUAGAAUCUGUAGUUAUAUGAAAUUUAUCAGAGUGUAGAUAAUGUUACUAAUUAAGUGUGAACAAAUGUAAUUUAUUUCUUACUGUAUUUAUGAUAAUAGUAGGACCAAUUUCUGUUUGUGACCAUUUUUUGUUUUUGUAUAAACUGGUACACUUGUAUGAAUAGUAAUUUUUACUGUAUAUGUAUAUGUAACCCCUAUUGGUACUUAAAUGUAGAUAUUACACCUUUUUAAUAUUUUUAAGAAAUUAUUUUUAAUGUAUUUUUCU